UUACGUUUCCUCUUCUUCCUUAGGUUUUUUUUUGGGUUUCUCUGCAACUAUAAUACGCGACAGCUGACUGAUUUUGAUGGCCUGUAGUCUACAGGCUGUAGAGCAAUUUUCUCCGUUUUUCUUGCCCCAAACUUGAUAGAUCUUAAGUAGAUUAUUCGAUUUACGGAUUGAAAUAAGUUUACUGUCUCUGGUGAAUUAGUUUGGAAAUGGAAAGUAGUGAAAGAGAAGAGCUUGGUAGCUUCUUAACUGCUGUUCCCCCUGUGGAUUUCUGUUGUGUUUAUGGUUCAACGCUGCACCCAAAUAACCAAGAUAAGUCUAAAAUGGUGGACUACAUCCUUGGCGUUUCUGAUCCCAUGCAAUGGCACUCUCAGAAUCUGAAAAUGAAUUCACAUCACUAUGCUUCAUGGAUGGUUCACCUUGGUGGAGCUAGGCUGAUUACGGAAGUUGCAGAUAAAGUAGGUGUUGGAGUUCACUUCAACCCAUUUGUCACUUGGAACGACAGGAAGCUAAAGUAUGGGGUUGUUCGGAUGAAUGACCUAGUACAGGACAUUCUGGACUGGAACAGAUUCUACUUGAGUGGCCGUUUACAAAAACCGCUUCAUUUGCUUGUUGAUAAUCUGGACAUAGAAGACGUCAACUCUGUUAAUAAGAGAGCCGCACUAUCUGCAGCCCUUCUUCUCUUGCCUUCCAAAUUCACCGAGGAAGAUCUAUACGCCAAAAUAUGCAGCCUUUCUUACAUGGGAGACUUGCGAAUGCUUUUUGCAGAGGACACUAAUAAAGUGAACAAGAUUGUAAAGGGGCAGUUUGAUCUUUUCCAGUCAAUGUAUAAGCCUUUUCUUCAAGAGUGCGAGACCAAAAACAUACUGAGAUUCUCAUCUGCUGAAACUAAUUUAGUUCAGGACUCUAGCCUUUCAUCAUCACGCUCACUGGUCUCUUCUCUUCCUGCAUCAGUAAGAAGCCAAAUGAGCAAGUUACUUGGGGAAAAGAAAAUCUUGAGUGAGACCGGUAGAGUUUCAAGGGAAGUUUGUAUAGGUUCAAGAGAAGAAGCAGCGAAAUGUAUGGAGAAGGUAAUGAAGCGAAGGGUAAUGGUUUCAAGCGCAAGACAGGCUGUGUCUGGCUUCUUGGCUGCUGGUGCUAUUAAUGCAACAGUGUAUCUUUCACAGAAAAUGCGCAAAGCUUGGAAUUCUCGGUCAUGAGAGACUUUUAGAUCAACUGUUAGUUGAAGAAAGUAGAUCUUGCCACUAUUAGUUCUUCUUUCUUUCUUUUUCUAAGUACCAACUUUUCUUUUUGUGUUGAUGGUUAUGUCUUUUUCUAAGUAGAUCUUGCCACUAUUUAGUUGAUCAUUCUUUCAUUCUUUCUU